UUAGAGUGGGGAAGGUACGUAAUUGCUGUACGUCGCGUAUAUAACACCUGCCCAGGUGAGUAAUGCUUCUCCUCAAUUAGCCAUGAAAGGCGUUCGAGUCUUCGCUUCGCUGGUGUUUGUGGCACUGUGCAGUGCCUACACUGUCGAUUAUAAAGGCCAUCAGUUGUGGCGCGUGGAUGAUAUUACUGCAGCUCAGCUGGAUGACGUCAGGGCCAUCAUCAAGAAUUUAGAUUUGGACGUCUGGGCUUCGGGGAGGACUUGGGUGGAUGUCAGGGUGACACCGCAGCUGCGACGGAGCCUAGGCAAGACGCUGGCGGCGCUCAACCUGAAUUUCAGGGUACAAACCGAGGACCUCCAGAGCCCCAUUGACGAAGAACGAAAUAAUUUGAGGCAAAGAAAAUCAUCAACUGGAAUUACUAUCGACGACUACAAUGAUCUAGAAACGAUCGAAGCCUUCAUGAAGGAGACAGCCGCCAACUACGACUGGGUCACCAUCGAGUCAAUUGGGAAAUCAUUGGAAGGUCGCGACCUUUGGGUCAACAUUCUUUCCGUCCCGGGCGGAGCUGAGAAGCCAAUUGCUUGGAUUGACUGCGGCAUUCACGCGAGGGAGUGGAUCACUCACUCGACCUGUGUCUACGGGCUGGAUCAUUUGACGAAGGAAUAUGGCAAAGACCAGGAGGUCACCGAGCUCUUGGAUAAGUACGACAUUUAUCUGAUGCCCGUCUACAACCCAGAUGGAUAUUCCUUCACCUGGACUGAUGACCGGAUGUGGCGGAAAAACCGCGCCCCGACCUCUGACCCAUUUUGCAUCGGAGUCGAUCUGAACAGGAACCAAGACGACGGUCACUGGGAUGGACCUUAUUCGUCAACUGAUCCCUGCAGCGAUGCCUACAGAGGCACCGCGCCUUUCAGUGAGCCAGAAAGCAAAGCAGUGUCGGACUACAUAGAGUCCCUUACGCAACAUCAGAAGGUCAACGCUUACUUCAACCUCCACUCCUACAGUCAGCUAUGGAUGCACGUCUUCGGAUGGACGUUCGAGUUAGCACCAGAAAAUGACGUUCUGGAGUCAGUGUCCAAGAUCGGCUGCGACGCCAUUAAAGCGACCCACGGAGAGACAUUUGAUUACGGACCUAUCGCCUCUACCAUCUACCCAGCAAAUGGUGGAACAGCCGACUGGGGCUAUAAAAUAGGCAUUGUGCACUCCUACGGACUGGAGUUGCGAGAUAGGUCAUCCUUCAUUCUUCCUAAGUCUGAAAUCCUCCCAGCUGCUGAAGAGACCUGGGCUGGCAUACGGGCUGCUCUCAUGGCCAUCGAGUGAAUUACCAAAAUAAUGUACGAAAGGGCUUCGGAGGAAGUCAUCUGACGUGUGUCCCUCAUCUUCUUCUUUUCAUUUAUGGUUUCGUUGUUAAUAAACAGAUAUAGAAAC